CGUGCUGAGCAUCGACGGCGGCGGCAUCCGGGGGCUCAUCCCGGCCACCAUCAUCGCCUGCCUCGAGGCCAAGCUCCAGGAGCUGGACGGCCCGGACGCUCGGAUCGCGGACUACUUCGACGUGAUCGCCGGGACGAGCACCGGCGCCCUGCUCACGUCGAUGCUGGCGGCGCCGGACGAGAACAAGCGCCCGAUCUUCGCCGCCAAGGACCUCACCACCUUCUACCUCGAGAACGGCCCCAAGAUCUUCCCGCAGAGAAACUGGCCAGGGUGGCUGACGUCGUCGAUGAACUUGAUUGGCACCAUAAGGGGCCCCAAGUACGACGGCGUGUUCCUGCACGACAAGAUCAAGAGCCUAACGCACGACAUGAGGGUCGCGGACACGGUGACCAACAUCGUGGUGCCGGCGUUCGACGUCAAGUACCUGCAGCCCGUGAUCUUCACCACCUACGAGGCCAAGGCCGACCCGCUCAAGAACGCGCACCUCUCGGACAUCUGCAUCAGCACGUCGGCGGCGCCGACAUACUUCCCGGCCCACUUCUUCAGGACCGAGGGCCCCGACGGCAGGUCCCGGGAGUACCACCUCGUCGACGGGGGCGUCGCCGCCAACAACCCGACCAUGAUCGCCAUGUCCAUGCUCACCAAGGAGGUGCUCCGCCGCAACCUGGACUUCAACCCCGGGAAGCCGACCGAGUACCGGAACUACCUCAUCAUCUCCGUCGGCACCGGGUCGGCCAAGCUGGCCGAGAAGUACACCGCGCCACAAUGCGCCAAGUGGGGGCUCAUCCAGUGGCUCUACGAGGGCGGCUUCACCCCGAUCAUCGACAUCUUCUCCCAUGCCAGCGCCGACAUGGUCGACAUCCACGCAGCUGUUCUCUUUGAAGCCCUGCAUUGUCAGAAGAACUACCUCCGCAUCCAGGAUGAUUCUCUUAUGGGCAACACAUCCUCGGUGGACAUCGCAACGGAGGAGAACAUGGAAGCUCUUAUCGGGAUCGGCAAGGAGCUCCUCAAGAAGCCGGUGGCGAGAGUGAACAUCGACACGGGGAUGUACGAGCCCGUCGCCGGCGAGGGCACCAACGAGGACGCGCUCGCACGCUUUGCCAAGAUGCUUUCCGAGGAACGGAAGCUACGCAUCAAGAAUCUAAACUCUUGUUAGCUCUAGUCUGCUGGUUCUGCCUGUUCUUACUCUGUCAUGCAAAUAAGAAAUUGAGCACAGAGAGAAGGGGGAGAAGACAAGUGCAUGCCAUGUGCCUUGAGUUCAUAAUACUGCCGCUAGCUGGUCCGCAUCCACAUCAGCUGUCGCUUGGAUCUUUCAUAUAUAUGGUUCUCAAUGCAUGUGCAUGAACAUUGCUGAGGUCGUCAAAAAUUGAUAAAAAAAAAUAUGGAAGUACCUCUGGUGAUAAAAAUACUCCCUCCGUCU